CAAAAUGGCUGCGUCCGUGUGAAUCGGGGAGGGGUGUUUGUUUACCAGCGUUUGUUGAUGUUUUGGAGUAAUAUGCGGUUAUUGAAAGUCACUUGCUUCGUACUUGUAUCUAUGAUAUUAUCUGAGCCGUGUUUUUCGACUACUUAGAAUGCUCAUAUUCAACUCUGAUGGACAUCAUAGAAAUGUUAAGGAGACCCAGUCUAAGACACUUCUGUCGAUGGGGGAAAAGGCAGAAAGCGGUUGUUAUUCUGAUUAUGAUAUGUGGAAUAUAUUGCUAUUACCAUUUGUUGUCAAGUAUCUUGUGGCGCCACAAUUAUGGGAUAACGAUUUGAAAGAUGAGAAAUUCACCGGCUCUGAUAAAUGUCCUGCAUGCUUUGGUACAUCGCUCUGCGAGGAAUUCAUGGACGGUAAUCUACGGCUGGUUUCCUACUCAAAGUUUCGAUUCUUUGACUUUGUCAACAUCAAGAAUGUAUAUGAAGGAAUAUAUAACUAUGAAAAUGUGGUUUUAAAACGACUUGGACACAACACUGAGUUUGAAACCUUUGAUAGGGACAUAUGUAAGAAUGCAAAGCUUCAGCCAGACUGUGACGUAUCAAUGGCCAUCCCUGCGUCACACCUUGGUAAAUUGAAUGACAAAGAUGGCUUGACUCCUCAAGAUGUGACAGGUUUGUCAGAUUUGGUACGCUGUCCUUCGCAGAGAUUACUGGACCGCAUAUGGAAUAUUUAUGAAGCAGAAAAGCCUGUCGAUGGGAUUCUAUCAGCAGAAAACAAAAUUAUGCUGAUGGUAAUUUUAGCAUUUAAUCCUGAACCUCUGACUACCCAGGUCUUUUCUCAGUCCAAUGGUUGGCCAUUUCCAAAAUUCAUUGGUUCCUGUGGAAGAUUUGUCGUGCUUGAAAAUGUUGGCAAGUCACUGUUUUAUUACUACAGUGAACCUUGGCAGAUAAGAGUAGAUUUUGCCUACCAGGCAUUCGCUAUUGCUGAAAAAUUCACUAAUAAUGAAGAGGAUUUCGCAUUGUACAUGACAGACGUAACUUACGAGAACUUCGCAGUGAAUGCCAAGGAUGAAUUGAUGAUGGUGGAUGUUGAAAAUGUCAUAGUGGUUGAUAAAAAACAAAUUAACCAAGAUAAACCACCACGUUGGGAUGAAAAGUUACAAAGUGUGCACGAUGAUUGCAUUGACAAGCAUAAUUGUCUUUCAUUUAGUCCUAAUGAUCUGUGCAGUCGGGUUGAAGCUGAUCAUAAUUAUUACGCCGUGUGCCAUGGAAUUCUCUGGACAGAAGCCAGUAUUCCUGGGAAACCUAAUGGCUUAUUGCAUGAUAUUCCAGAAUAUGUUAAAGAGUCUGCUGAAUUGGUGAAAUUGUUGGAGGAAUGUCAAAAUCCAAGUUUGCAGUAUGGAAGAUUUUCCACAGCACCGCAACUGUUGUUUCUUUUACAAAAACUAGCCAAACGUAUCUAGCAAUAAACCUUAUCUUGCAAGCCGUAUGUACUUUUCUAUUGACUUGACCAGAUAAGGGUGUGUUGCUCUUUGAAUGGAGAUUAAUAGACCCUCUUUUGAAAAUAGCUAUAAAUACAGUGCUAUAGUCAAGAUUGCUUACGUAAAUGACAGUGCAUAUUUGUUUUAAAACAAUUG